CUAGACUCGCUCCUCGGCGGCGCGGGCGCUGCGCGAGGGCUUCGGGGCUGACUCCCUGCGGCAGGAAAUCCCUCGGGUCGCGCCGCCCGGCCCCCGCUCGGCGCCCGCGUGGGAUGGUGCAGCGCUCGCCGCUCGGCCCCGAGAGCUGUUGCACUGAAGGCCGGCGACCAUGGCAGCGCGCCCGCCGCCCGCACCCCCCGCCCGCGCCCUCCUGCUCGCCCUGGCCGGGGCUCUGCUGGCGCCCCCCGCGGCCCGAGGGGUGAACCUGGGGAGCAAAUCAGCACCUUCCAUGCAGCCAGCCGGAAGAAGGGGCCAGGGAGGAGCUUAUGAAGUGGCCCGUGUCUCUCUCUUGAACGGAGACCUCUGGGACCCAAUGGAGAGCAUCCGCACAAAGAAUCAUCCAAAAGUGUUGAAGUUUCGAAUACAACUGGAAAGCAAAGAACUGAUCAUACAUCUGGAAAGAAACGAAGGUCUCAUUGCUAGCAGUUUCACAGAAACUCAUUAUCUGCAAGAUGGCACUGAUAUCUCCCUCAGUCGAAAUCACACGGGUCACUGUUACUACCACGGACACGUGCAAGGGUACUCUGGUUCCACAGCCAGCCUCAGCACUUGCUCUAGCCUCAGGGGCCUUAUUACGUUUGAAAAUAACACCUUUAUCUUGGAACCAAUGACAAAUGAAACGAACGCGUACAAGCUCUUCCCGGUGGAGAACCUGGAGGGCACCUGGGGCCCCUGUGGCUCACAUCACAGCACGUCCGCACUCACUGCAGAGGACAGGCUCCCGCCACCCUCCCAGACGUGGGCAAGAAGGCAUAAAAGAGAGACCCUCAAGAUGACCAAGUACGUAGAGCUGGUUAUCGUAGCGGACAACCGGGAGUUUCAGAGGCAAGGAAAAGAUCUGGAAAAAGUUAAGCAGCGAUUAAUAGAGAUCGCUAAUCACGCUGACAAGUUUUACAGACCACUGAACAUUCGGAUAGUGCUGGUGGGCGUGGAGGUGUGGAAUGACAUCGACAAAUGCUCUGUAAGUCAGGACCCGUUCCUAAGCCUCCAUGAAUUUCUGGAUUGGAGAAAGAUGAAGCUUCUACCCCGCAAAUCUCAUGACAAUGCCCAGCUUAUCAGUGGGGUGUAUUUCCAAGGGACCACCAUCGGCAUGGCACCCAUCAUGAGCAUGUGCACGGCAGAGCAGUCGGGAGGGAUCAUCAUGGACCAUUCAGACAGCCCCCUUGGUGCCGCUGUGACCCUGGCACAUGAGCUGGGCCAUAACUUCGGGAUGAACCACGACACACUGGAGCGAGGCUGUGGCUGCAGCGUGGCUGCCGACAAAGGAGGCUGCAUCAUGAACCCUUCCAUCGGGUUCCCAUUCCCCGUGGUGUUCAGCAGCUGUAGCAAGAAGGACCUGGAGGUCAGUCUGGAGAAAGGUGUGGGGAUGUGCCUCUUUAACCUGCCGGAAGUGAAGCAGUCUUUCGGGGGCCAGAAGUGCGGGAACGGCUACGUGGAACAAGGAGAGGAGUGCGACUGUGGGGAGCCCGAGGAAUGUCUGAAUCUCUGUUGCAACGCCACCACGUGCACCCUGAAGCCAGAAGCCGUGUGCGCCCACGGGCUAUGCUGCGAAGACUGUCAGCUGAAGCCUGCGGGAACAGCAUGCAGGGACUCCAGCAAUUCCUGCGACCUCCCAGAGUUCUGCACAGGGGCCAGCCCACACUGCCCGGCCAACGUGUACCUGCACGACGGGCACGCGUGUCAGGGGGUGGACGGCUACUGUUACAACGGCAUCUGUCAGACCCACGAGCAGCAGUGCGUCACGCUCUGGGGACCAGGUGCUAAACCUGCCCCUGGGAUCUGCUUUGAGAGAGUCAACUCCGCAGGUGACCCUUACGGCAACUGUGGCAAAGUCUCUAAGAGUUCCUUUGCCAAAUGCGAGAUGAGAGAUGCUAAAUGCGGAAAAAUCCAGUGUCAAGGAGGUGCCAGCCGGCCCGUCAUUGGUACCAAUGCUGUUUCCAUAGAAACGAACAUCCCACUGCAGGAAGGAGGUCGGAUUCUGUGCCGCGGGACUCACGUGUACUUGGGCGAUGACCUGCCAGACCCCGGGCUUGUGCUUGCCGGCACCAAGUGUGCAGAUGGAAAAGUCUGCCUCAAUCGUAGGUGUCAAAACACAAGCGUCUUCGGCGUUCACGAAUGUGUGAUGCAGUGCCACCAGAGAGGGGUGUGUAACAACCGGAAGAACUGCCACUGUGAGGCCCACUGGGCACCUCCCUUCUGUGACAAGUUUGGCUUCGGGGGAAGCAUAGACAGCGGCCCCAUCCGGCAAGCAGAUAACCAAGGUUUAACCAUAGGAAUUCUGGUGACCAUCCUGUGUCUUCUUGCUGCUGGAUUUGCAGUUUAUCUCAAAAGGAAGACGUUAAUACGCCUGCUGUUUACAGAUAAAAAAACCACCAUUGAAAAGCUAAGGUGUGUGCGCCCUUCGCGGCCAUCCCGCGGCUCCCACCCUGGUCAGGCUCACCUCAGCCACCUCAGCAAAGGCCUGAUGAGGAAGCCGCCACAUUCCAACAUGUUGAAGGACAAUACCAGGAGGUGGCCACCCUGUCAGAACGUUGACAUCAGCGGGCCCCUCCUAGCCCCCGACACUUCUCCACCCAGUUUGCCUCAGCGAGUGCUCCCACCCCUCCAGAAGGCUCCUCGUGCGCCCCUCGUCCCCGCCAGACCCCUGCCGGCCAACCCUGUGCUCCGGCGGGCCCAGGUAAGCCCUCCGCGGUGAAUGUGAUGGAUGUCGUACAAGUCCAGGCUGCCACGUGCUGAUGUCUAGUUGGUCCACUUCCUGGGCCACUGUUCAGUGCAGAUAAUUCAGGUCCUCAGGUGGUUAAAUGAGAUAAGCCAUGUAAAGUGUUUAGUACAGUGCUCGGUGGAUAGACAAUGAUAGGUGUUUUAUCAGGAAUAUUUUUGCAUUCGGAAUAGCCAGGGCACCCGCCCAACUUACCACCUAAACUAUGACACUCUUGAGAAUGACAGGGCACUCUGAUAGUGAGGCCUGGA